UUUAUUUUAUUUUCUUAGGAUUUUCUCUCAAUUCGAUUCCAUUUUUCUAACAGAUCGUCUCCGCCCUCCUUCCCUAAUCCCACCAGCCAACCUCAACCUCAAUCCGUGCCCAAUGGCAAGGAGCAGAUCGUCGUCCACCCGGUGGAGAUACGUUAACCCUGCCUAUUACUUGAAGAGGCCGAAGCGUUUAGCUUUACUUCUCAUAUUAUUUGUCUGUGCAACUCUUGUCUUUUGGGAUCGCCAGACUUUAGUUCGGGAACACCAGGAGGAGGUGUCGAAACUCCAGGAUGAAGUUAGUCGGUUGCAAAAUAUGCUUGAAGGGAUAAAGUUUGAGCAGAAAGGGUCAGUAAAGACUAAUUUAAUCCACAAAGGUAAUGAUGGAAAUAGGAAUGCGGAUAUAUCUGAUGAUCCAAUUGAUAUUCAACGAAGAGAGAAAGUUAAAGAUGCUAUGAUUCAUGCGUGGAGUUCAUAUGAGAAAUAUGCUUGGGGCCAUGACGAACUUCAGCCUCAAACAAGGAACGGUGUUGAUAGCUUUGGUGGACUCGGUGCAACUUUAAUUGAUUCUCUGGAUACGCUGUACAUAAUGGGAUUGGAAGAGCAGUUCCAAAGGGCUAGAGAAUGGGUUUCUCAUUCCUUGGAUUUUAACAAGAACUAUGAAGCCAGCGUUUUUGAGACCACCAUAAGAGUUGUUGGAGGACUACUCAGUGCAUAUGAUCUCUCUGGAGAUACACUUUUCCUUGAAAAGGCUAAAGAUAUUGCUGACAGGUUACUGCCUGCAUGGGAUACUCCUUCUGGCAUCCCAUAUAACAUUAUUAACUUGAGCAACAGGAACCCACACAAUCCUGGGUGGACGGGGGGUGACAGCAUUCUGGCAGAUUCUGGCACUGAGCAGCUGGAGUUUAUUGCUCUUUCCCAGAGGACAGGAGAUUCAAAAUAUCAGGAGAAGGUGGAAAAUACCAUUUUAGAGUUUAAUAAAACAUUUCCUCCUGACGGUUUACUUCCCAUUUAUAUUAACCCGCAUAGAGGGACAACAUCUUAUUCAACCAUAACUUUUGGAGCCAUGGGGGACAGCUUUUAUGAGUACUUACUCAAGACCUGGAUACAAGGAAAUAAAACUACUGCAGUGAAGCAUUAUAGGGAUAUGUGGGAGACAUCAAUGAAAGGUCUUCAAAGCUUGGUGCGGAGAAGUACUCCGUCUUCCUUUGCUUAUCUCUGUGAGAAAAUCGGAAAUACUUUAACAGACAAGAUGGAUGAACUUGCAUGUUUUGCCCCAGGAAUGAUUGCAUUGGGCGCUAGUGGUUAUGGUCCUGAUGAAGCUAAAAGUAUGUUAUCUUUGGCUGAGGAGCUAGCUUGGACCUGCUAUAACUUCUACCAGUCCACUUCGACAAAAUUGGCCGGAGAGAACUACUUCUUUCAUCAAGGGCAGGACAUGAGUGUUGGUACCUCAUGGAACAUUCUGAGGCCAGAGACUGUUGAGUCACUAUUUUACCUCUGGCGUUUGACCGGAAACAAGACGUAUCAAGAGUGGGGAUGGAACAUCUUUCAAGCAUUUGAGAAGAAUUCACGAAUAGAGUCGGGAUACGUUGGACUGAAGGAUGUGAACACUGGGGUAAAAGACAACAUGAUGCAGAGCUUCUUUCUGGCAGAGACGCUGAAAUAUCUGUACCUUCUAUUCUCGCCUCCGUCGGUGAUCCCGCUUGAUGAGUGGGUCUUCAACACUGAAGCCCAUCCAAUCAAAAUUGUGACACGGGAUGAGCAGGCAGCCAAGCAAGGAAAACGAAUGGAGAUGCGAGCAAGGGCCAGGAAAGAGGGGAGGUUUCAUGAAGACUAGGAAAGUGUUGGGGAUAUAUUUGUAUUGUACUGAAUUGAAUUGAACUGCAUUGCAUUGCAUUUGCAUGGUCGAGACUAAUCCUCUGGAUAGGAAGUAGAAGAAACCAAGCGGGGAAGAGGAAGAGGAAGAGGGGAAGAGUCGGUGGGGGUGGUUUCUGAGAUGUGAUAAGCCAGCCUCCCCGCCCGCCCUGAGAGCGAGCAUAGUAAUAGUAAUAGUAACAGUAAUAAUAAUAGCCGUUUUGAUUGCAUUUUUACCUGUACCUCUCGGGGCUGGUAGGGUAGGAAGGAUAGACAUGUAAUGACUAAUGAUGAUAUGCUCCCUUCAAUGGCAGGCAGCAAUGUUUCUUUCUUGUUCAA